GUACUUAUAUCGCGUCGAUGGCGAGCAACGUCCGUCCUCGCUCAACGCCUUCUGUGACGUCCAACGCGACGAAGUCGAAUCAGCAACAGCAACAGCCGCAAGCGACACUCGCAAAGCGUCUCCUCUUUCCACACUUACCACCAGGCUCAGACUUGCCGCCGUUGUUUGCUUCACCAACAUGCUCUCCCGAACUUAACGCUGAGGCCUAUGAUUUUCUUGCCCUUGCUUUGCGCGCCUUCGUCAAUACGUGGUGGACCAAGAUUACUCGUUAUGACAGGGAAUUGCUUCCUGAAAUCACGAUUAUCCUUACGACCAUCCUCAGGACCCUCGAAACACGUCUACUAUCCACUGACUUCUCCCUAUUCAUCUUUUCGGUUGUCCCUGCUCUAAUAACCCAACACUAUCGCGACUACCGCCACGCCGCAUCCAAAGUAUCUACCUCGUAUGCAAUGGGUGGCGCUGUACCCCUUCCACACCUCUUUCACCAGCUGCAGCCUCACGUAGCAGUUUCUCCCGAGGGUAAAAUUGACGAGGAAUACUUUCGCCAGGCAUUCGACCACGUACUUAAAUUAUGCCUCCCCCCUCAGGAUUAUGCUCCAGAGGCUGAGCGAUAUAUCGUGCGUGAAAUCAUCCUCAAGGUAGUAGUAAAGGAUGUUAUCCCGCGAGUCACCCAGCCUUGGUUUAUUCAGAGAACAAUUCUGGACUUGCUCGGUCCAUCCCUUGAUGCAGAGUCUGACAAGCCUCCAGACGUAUCACCGCCGUCUCAUACUCAUCACGCUCAUUUCUCUUUUCAUUCCCUCCUUGUAUUCUUCCUGUCUGCCGUGCAGUCCAUCUCUGGGAUAGGCCUAGCUCUUGUUCAAACAUAUAAACAGACGCUUAGUACCAUCAAACUCGUUAACCAUUCCACGCGCCCAACAGUUACUCAUCGGCGAGCAAGUGAACCAUGGAGGAUAGCUCGUCAGGCUCCUGCAUCACCCGUGAGGAGUGCAAGAUCAGUCUCACCACCUUCUUCAUCAUAUGCCUCAGCGGCAUCCUCUACCCCAUCCCUGCGCGCAGAGAUUCCUCCACGCAACCCUCAGAGUUUAUUCAGUCAUUAUGCUCGAGAGCCUCUCGCAAUGAUAUCGGAACUGUUUACAAUGCACCAACGCUUUGCCACAAGCGCAGUAAUGCAUACGUUGUGCAUGAUCUAUGCGGCCAUGACACCGUUCGUCGACCGACUCUUGACCCACAUACUCUAUACUCGAAUUUUGUGCGCAUCCUCUAUAUUAUUUGUACUACGACUGUCCAAGCGUACAUUGUUCCCAGAUGGAUACCCAGGCCCACCUGCAAUCGAUCCCACCCCAGAAGAACAAAUUAUUAUUCACCAGCAGCUACUUCGGCGAUUGCGCGAACAGGUGCCUGCGUUUGUGGCCCCCGUCCUCCUUGGACCAUCGCCUGAACGCACUCUUGAGGAAAUUAUCGAUCCCCUCGGUGACGCUGCGUGUAAUAUGCAUCUGGCAGUAUUUAUCAUGGACGCUUUAUUAUUGUCCAUUUUCCCAGAGAUGGGAGUAGAAGGGAGUGUCGGACAUGCUGAUAUGGAUGUACCAGAGAGGUUAGAUGACGGGAAGGACUGGUCACCAGAGAUAAGUCGAACUACGUCGGCGAUGGCUCCAUAGCGAUGUCAAGAUUAUUCCGGAGUUUCUAAGAUUUUCCCGAGUUUCCUCGCGGAACCGUGAAGAAAUGCCGCGUAUUUGUCUGUAUUUAUUGACGUCACACGGUACGCUAUAUAUCGUC